AUGUCUUCUAUAUUUAAAUUUUUUUCUUUCUUUUUGCUUUAUUUAUUUAUUUCUGUUUGCAUCGGUGAUCGAUACUUUAUUUCUCUGAGUAUCACUUUUUCUUUUCUUUUUUUUUACUCUUUACUAGAUUAUACCGAAUACAGUCUCUCUCUCUAUCGUUUUCUUUCUUUCUAUUUCAUUCAUUCAUUCUUUCUUUCUUCUGAUAUAUUGAGAUUCAUUUUAUUUUCAUUCCCUUUCUUCUUCCUUCUUUUGGAUUUCCUACCGCCAUUCUUAGUUGAAUAUGUGGAUUUCCGUUGCUUUUUUGUUUCUUACGUUUUCAUUAUUCUUCUCUUACGCUUUUCCUUUAAUAAAUAUUUUCUUUCUUUCUUUCUUUCUUUCUUUAAUUCUUUCGUUAUUUCUUUCUUUCUUUCAUUCUUUCGUUAUUUCUUUCUUUCUUUCAUGCUUUCGUUAUUUCUUUCUUUCUUUUUCUUUCAUUAUUUCUUUCUUUCUUUCUUUCUUUCGUUAUUUCUUUCUUUCUUUCUUUCAUUCUUUCGUUAUUUCUUUCUUUCUUUCGUUAUUUCUUUCUUUCGUCAAUUCUUUCUUUCUUUCAUUCUUUCGUCAUUUCUUUCAUUCUCUCGUUAUUUCUUUCUUUCUUUCUUUCGUUAUUUCUUUCUUUCUUUCAUUCUUUCGUCAUUUCUUUCUUUCAUUCUUUCGUUCUUUCUUUCUUUCAUUCUUUCGUUAUUUCUUUCUUUCUUUCAUUCUUUCGUUCUUUCUUUCUUUCAUUCUUUCUUUAUUUCAUUCUUUCUUUCUUUCGUUCUUUCUUUCUUUCAUUCUUUCGUCAUUUCUUUCUUUCUUUCUUUCGUUCUUUCUUUCUUUCAUUCUUUCGUCAUUUCUUUCUUUCUUUCGUUCUGUUUUUCUUUCAUUCUUUCGUUAUUUCAUUCUUUCUUUCAUUCUUUCGUUAUUUCUUUAUUUUUUUACUCUUUCGUUAUUUCUUCCUUUCAUUCUUUCGAUAUUUCUUUAUUUCUUUUAUUCUUUCAUUCUUUCGUUCUUUCUUUCUUUCAUUCUUUCGUAUUUUCUUUCUUUCUUUCAUUCUUUCGUCAUUUCUUUCUUUCAUUCUUUCUUUCGUUCUUUCUUUCUUUCAUUCUUUCGUUAUUUCUUUCUUUCUUUAAUUCUUUCGUUCCUUCUUUCUUUCAUUCUUUCGUUAUUUCUUUCUUUCUUUCAUUCUUUCGUUCUUUCUUUCUUUCAUUCUUUCGUUAUUUCUUUCUUUCGUUAUUUCUUUCUUUCUUUCAUUCUUUCGUUAUUUCUUUCUUUCUUUCUUUCUUUCGUUAUUUCUUUCUUUCUUUCAUUCUUUCGUCAUUUCUUUCUUUCUUUCUUUCGUUCUUUCUUUCUUUCAUUCUUUCGUUAUUUCUUUCUUUCUUUCAUUCUUUCGUCAUUUCUUUCUUUCUUUCUUUCUUUCGUUCUUUCUUUCUUUCUUUCAUUCUUUCGUUAUUUCUUUCUUUCUUUCAUUCUUUCGUUAUUUCUUUCUUUCAUUCUUUCGUUAUUUCUUUCUUUCUUUCAUUCUUUCGUUCUUUCUUUCUUUCAUUCUUUCGUUAUUUCUUUCUUUCUUUCAUUCUUUCGUCAUUUCUUUCUUUCUUUCGUUAUUUCUUUCUUUCGUUAUUUCUUUCUUUCUUUCAUUCUUUCGUUAUUUCUUUAUUUUUUUACUCUUUCGUUAUUUCUUUCUUUCAUUCUUUCGAUAUUUCUUUAUUUCUUUUAUUCUUUCAUUCUUUCGUUCUUUCUUUCUUUCAUUCUUUCGUUAUUUCUUUCUUUCUUUCAUUCUUUCGUCAUUUCUUUCUUUCUUUCUUUCGUUCUUUCUUUCUUUCAUUCUUUCGUUAUUUCUUUCUUUCUUUCAUUCUUUCGUCAUUUCUUUCUUUCUUUGUUCUUUCUUUCUUUCUUUCAUUCUUUCGUUAUUUCUUUCUUUCUUUCAUUCUUUCGUUCUUUCUUUCUUUCAUUCUUUCGUUAUUUCUUUCUUUCUUUCAUUCUUUCGUUCUUUCUUUCUUUCAUUCUUUCGUUAUUUCUUUCUUUCUUUCAUUCUUUCGUCAUUUCUUUCUUUCUUUCUUUCGUUAUUUCUUUCUUUCGUUAUUUCUUUCCUUCUUUCAUUCUUUCGUUAUUUCUUUCUUUCAUUCUUUCGUUAUUUCUUUCUUUCGUUAUUUCUUUCUUUCUUUCGUUAUUUCUUUCUUUCUUUCGUUAUUUCUUUAUAUUUUACUCUUUCGUUAUUUCUUUCUUUCGUUCUUUCUUUCUUUCAUUCUUUCGUUAUUUCUUUCUUUCUUUCAUUCUUUCGUCAUUUCUUUCUUUCUUUCUUUCGUUAUUUCUUUCUUUCUUUCAUUCUUUCGUUAUUUCUUUCUUUCAUUCUUUCGAUAUUUCUUUAUUUUUUUACUCUUUCGUUAUUUCUUUCUUUCAUUCUUUCGAUAUUUCUUUAUUUCUUUUAUUCUUUCAUUCUUUCGUUCUUUCUUUCUUUCAUUCUUUCGUUUUUUCUUUCUUUCUUUCAUUCUUUCAUCAUUUCUUUCUUUCUUUCUUUCGUUCUUUCUUUCUUUCUUUCUUUCAUUAUUUCUUUCUUUCUUUCAUUCUUUCGUUCUUUCUUUCUUUCAUUCUUUCGUUAUUUCUUUCUUUCUUUCAUUCUUUCGUCAUUUCUUUCUUUCUUUCUUUCUUUCAUUCUUUCGUUAUUUCUUUCUUUCUUUCAUUCUUUCGUCAUUUCUUUCUUUCUAUCUUUCUUUCAUCCUUUCGUCAUUUCUUUCUUUCGUUAUUUCUUUCUUUCGUUAUUUCUUUCUUUCGUUAUUUCUUUCUUUCUUUCAUUCUUUCGUUAUUUCUUUCUUUUAUUCUUUCGUCAUUUCUUUCUUUCUUUCUUUCUUUCUUUCUUUCAUUCUUUCGUCAUUUCUUUCUUUCUUUCGUUAUUUCUUUCUUUCUUUCAUUCUUUCGUUAUUUCUUUCUUCCUUUCUUUCUUUCUUUCGUUAUUUCUUUCUUUCAUUCUUUCGAUAUUUCUUUAUUUCUUUUAUUCUUUCAUUCUUUUGUUCUUUCUUUCUUUCAUUCUUUCGUUAUUUCUUUCUUUCUUUCAUUCUUUCGUCAUUUCUUUCUUUCUUUUUUUCGUUCUUUCUUUCUUUCAUUCUUUCGUUAUUUCUUUCUUUCUUUCAUUCUUUCUUUCUUUCUUUCUUUUCUUUCUUUCUUUCUUUUCUUUCAUUCUUUCGUUAUUUCUUUCUUUCUUUCAUUCUUUUCUUUCUUUCUUUCUUUCUUUCAUUCUUUCGUUAUUUCUUUCUUUCUUUCAUUCUUUCGUUUUUCUUUCUUUCAUUCUUUCGUUAUUUUUCUUUCUUUCUUUCAUUCUUUCGUUCUUUUCUUUCUUUUCAUUCUUUCGUUAUUUCUUUCUUUCUUUCAUUCUUUCGUCAUUUCUUUCUUUCUUUCGUUAUUUCUUUCUUUCGUUAUUUCUUUCUUUCUUUCAUUCUUUCGUUAUUUCUUUCUUUCAUUCUUUUGUUAUUUCUUUCUUUCUUGAAUAUGUGGAUUUCCGUUGCUUUUUUGUUUCUUACGUUUUCAUUAUUCUUCUCUUACGCUUUUCCUUUAAUAAAUAUUUUCUUUCUUUCUUUCUUUCUUUCUUUCUUUCUUUCUUUCUUUCUCUCUUCAGUUAUUUAUUUAAUACUCCCUUUUCUUUCUCCCUUUUCUUUCAUUCGUUCUCUUUCUUUAACUAUUUGUUUCUACCUUCCUUUCUAUUUCUUUUACUGUUUUUUUUUCUUUCUUUCGUUCUCUUUCUUUCUUUACGCUUUUCUCCAAAUAUUCAUUUAUUCUUUCUUUCUUUCUUUAUUCUUCUGUACUGAUCAUUCGUUUGUUUGUUUCUUCCUUUCUUUCAAAUUAUUUCUUCCUUUCUUUCUUCCUUUUAUCCAUUUAUUCAUCAUGUAUUCUUUCUUUCUUUCUUUCUUUCUUUCUUUCUCCUGUACAGGUUAUUUUUUGUUUGUUGGUUGGUUUCGGUCUGUCUUUCUUUCUUUAUUUAUUUCUUUCUUGUCUUUCUAUGUUUCUGCUGGACUGAUCCUUUCAUUCUUUCUUUCUUUCUUUCUUUCUUUUCAGGCAUUUUAUUUUCAUUUCUCUUCUUCAAUUCUUCCUUCUCUUGGAUUGUCUACUGCCAUUCCUAAUUUUAUUAUUCUUCUCUUCAGCAAGACAACUUUCUUUCUUCCUUUCUCUCUUUCCUUUUCCCUCUUUCGCUCUUCUUUCUUUCUUUGUUUGUUUCUUUCUUUCUCGCUUUCUUUCUUUCAUUUCUUUUUUCUUAGUAGCUAUAAAUUAUCACAUUUUCUUUCUUUCUUUUUCUCUUUCUUUCUUUCUUUCUUUCUUUCUUUCUUUCUUUCUUCUGUACUGAUCAUUCGUUUGUUUGUUUGUUUCUUUCUUUCUUUCUUUCUUUAUUCUUUCUUUCUUUCUCCUGUACUUAUCCUUUGUUUCUUUCAAAUUCUUUCUUUCUUUCUUUCUUUUUUAUUUCUGCAAACCCCGCUCCUUGAAAAAAAGAAACCUGAUUAG